AUAUUUUUGGGAUCUCCACCAUCAGGAACGUGCAAUUUAUCAGUGUGGACUGUUAUUUAGAAUCACGUGCACAUGACCUAGGGUGGGGGUAGGAGGUAAAUGCGAGGUGGUGGUCAUUUGUAUAUUGACCAACAGUGAAAACUGGCCCGAAGGAGUAAAGACGUAAUCCAACGCGGAGCGGGCCCCAAAACAUCUAGGCAAAAAAAAAACACUGGGAGAAGGGAACUGAUAUAAGGUUAAAAGUAACCGAGACGAACAUGGCAGAAGGAGUCUGCAAGACGGAAGAGGAUGAAGGGCCGAGUACGGAAGAGGACUCGGAAUCUUUCCACGGUGUCGGCGUAUGUAAAUGGUUUAACGUGCGCAUGGGCUUUGGUUUCUUGUCCAUGACCAACCGAGAAGGCGUCCCACUCGAAGCUCCGGUUGAUGUGUUUGUCCAUCAGAGUAAACUGCACAUGGAGGGCUUCCGCAGCCUGAAGGAAGGUGAGGUGGUUGAGUUCACCUUCAAGAAGUCAGCCAAAGGCCUGGAGUCCCAGAGAGUCUCUGGGCCGGGGGGCGCACACUGUGUGGGCAGCGAGAGGAGACCUAAAGGCAAAAGUGUCACGAAACGUCGCUCCAAAGGAGAUAGGUGCUAUAACUGUGGAGGCCUGGACCACCACGCCAAGGAGUGCAAAUUGCCGCCCCAGCCCAAGAAGUGUCACUUCUGCCAGAGCAUCGCCCACAUGGUGGCUAACUGCCCGACCAAAGCUGCGCAGUCCUCACCAGGUUCCCUGGGAAAGCCCUCCUCUUUGAAAGAGGACAUGGAGGAGCACAGCCACCUGCACCCCGAGAGCUCCAAUUAGACAAGGAGAAAUGUAAUGGUAAUCUGGAGGAGCACAGAAGCCAAUCAAACUGCUUUACUGGAAAGACGCUAAGUUCCCUUUCAACUGUAUAAGCUGCUUUUGGAACUACCUCAAUUUUUUUGUUUUCUACAAACAACAAUGAAGAAAGAAUGUUAGUGAAGUUCAUUUUUUUGGUGUUACUCUCAGGAACAGCUACAAUGUUACUAUUUCACUCAGGAAAUCUUUUGUAAAUGUAUAGAACUGCUAUGACGGUGGGGAUUAAGGUUUUCAUAUGUCAUGUAGCAAUGCAUGUGAUCUGGUGGUCUUUAUAGGAUAGAAAACUGUACAUUUGUUAAAGGACAGAUCAUAAGAAACCAUGCAACUCAUACGGUAGCAUGCUGCUAUGCCGAACCCACCAGGAAGCUCAAAAUCACUGUGUCACGUAGAUAGCUGAUCACUGCUGCUGCCUUACAACCGUCUGAUUUCCUGACCGUUACACCUCACUGUCCGAAGAAGACAGAGUUGUAACACCACAUCUCUGCAAAUGAAUGUUAGCCUCAUGGGUGGGUGCAUAUGAAACCAACGGGACGGGGGAUUGGGUAAUAUCGUAGCUACUGUAUAAACAGGGCAAUGUAUUGGUGGCUGUAAAUGACCACCCACAGUUUCUGGGGACAAAUGAAUGUCUAACCAUGAAGUAUGGCUUCCAAGGCCAGCUUCCUGUUGUUAUUGUUGCGUUGUUUCUUUAUGUUGGAGCAGGCAAAAUUCUGUCUCACUUAGCUGCUCGGUUCCUUCAUGGAAAAUGUUCACCUGCUGCUGCACUAGAACCCUAUACUAGAACGGUAAACAACUUGAUUAUUAUCUUUGCUCAGAUUACAGCACAUAAAGUGCUCCAGAAUUUGGAAUUGAAUCACUAAUUUCAAUAAACGUACCCAGUAACUCAGUAAAUCAUCAAGGGUAGAAAUCUGAUGAAAACUUAUCUAAUACAAUAUUUGACUGAAGUAUUGUGUUUUUACAGGCUGAUUCAGAAAUCCAUCAUCCCCCUGCUUAUAUGUGACAGUCAAAGCAGCAACAUGGUCUGGUCUUUAAUAAAGGACGGUGCUAUCUAGAACCUUAAGAACAAAGGGUUCCAGGUAGAACUCUAUCCCACCAAAAGGACCCUCUUUGAGAACUUUUUUUUUAAAGAGUUAAAGAGGACCUGGCGUUUUUGGUUCAGCGUCAUCAAUUACUGGCUAGCUAUUUAAGAUAUUACCUUCAAGCACCCUCUGAGGGCUAUAUUGGAACACCAGGGUAAUAUUCACAGACAUCAAAUUGAAUAAAUCAGGGAGGGACUACCAGAGCUUGUCCAAUAAGAAAUGGUUGAUUUUAUUUUCAGCUGCAAAUCAUUUUGCUACAUUGUUUACUAAUGAAUGCGACCAAGCCCUGCAUACAGGUGCAUUUAGAACUAGCUAAGCCAAUCAGCCUUUUACUCCCGUUUUACAGGAGAAGCUGACAGACAGACCUCUAACAUCCAAUUAAUAUAUUUGUAGAAUUAUUACAAAGCCUUUUUAAAGUAGUCCUCGUUAUUUAUUUGUAUCUGAGUGCACUGCAGCUUUUUCCCCAUAUUUAGGUUCAAGUCAUUCAGUGAUAGCGUGGUUUUAGAUCUGUGCCAUCUUACCAACUAUUAUGGUCAUUAUUGUGUCAAUCCAAAACAGAUCUACACUAUCAACAACUAAAAGGGUUCCAUAAGGGUAAUAAAGCUGUCCCUUUGGGAGAACCCUUCUGCUCCAAGGAGAAACCUUUUCACCAGGGUACUGAAAAGGGUUCUCCUUGAAACCUAAAACCAUUCAAACUGGAACCAAAAAAGUAUUACCCUAAUACAUAUCUGAUGAAUCCUUAUGGAACCCUGUUUUUGUGUAAGACCAGGUUAACUGAGAUGUGUUUUCCUCUAGACAUCUAUUUUCUUAGCCCCUUGUUUUUGCAUGUAUCUAGUACAAUGUCAUUUCAAUUUGGAAAAGGGCAUUACACUCAAAAUCAAAAUGUGUCAGAUAUUUUUAAACUAAAAAAAGGAAACUUCUGUUGAGAUAAGCACAUUUCCUUGGCUAGUUUUGUGUCUAACCUAUCUUUUCCAUUCAUUUGGGGUUUUGGCAUACAGACUAGUUGGAUCUACACAUCCAACGGCAUGGCAUGUAGACUUGGACCUUGACAUAAGACAGUUUGGUCAAAAGCAAUCCAUCUUAACACUGAACUGUGCACUAUUGUUCUCCAUCUCCCAGUCUAGCGGUGUGUCAUCUCACUCUAGUGACCUCCUGUGGUGGGUUAGUCAACUACAAGCUGAAAGAGGUCAAUAGUUGCCAAAGAUAACAGUGUGAUAACACAAAAGCACACCUCUACUUGUCUUGACUGUUCUGAGCCCAAUGGGAAUUGCUUUGAUUAGUCAGGGUUGUAAAUGAAAAUUGGACACUAAUAAAUUGAAAGAAAAGGGGGUCGAAUUGGACAGAGGACAUCUGAUAAAUGUUUAUUUUGAAGCAUUUUUAUAAUUAUUUUGUGUAAGAUUUUACUGCUGCACAUGAUUAGCAUUCCAGUGAUGAGGAACUGUUGUGACUCGUCUCUUUUUUAUCUAUGCCAAAACAAAUGCAAAUGUCACUCUGCACUAAUCAUGUGUGAGAUGCAUCUUUGUUUUAUUUUGUUUAAGAACAUAUUUUCUAUUUGUCUAUUCUAUUCAGUUUAAUCUCAUGAAUGUCUUUUUUAUAUUUCGACAAACAAAAUAUUGUUUUAUGUAAGUCGUGAACAAAACGUAUAUAUACAACCUCCACUCAGGCUUGCCUCUCAGGAAUCACAAAUCUGAAAACUCAGGGAAUACUCAGAUCUUUUAGAAGGCUUGGAAGGGGGGAUAAAGGAGGGUUGGGGAGGGAGUAGAUUGGGAUGCUUUGUUUAUUUAGAUUAGUUGCCAAAGACAAAGGAGUUUCUGGUGUCAGCAUCAAAGCGCAUGACAAUAACACAGAGAACGUUGGGUCCUGUUUUUAACUGUAACUGUAGGUAAUAGUUGGACACUCUUUUUUGUAAUCCACACAAAAAGAUAUGCCAUUUUAUCAUAAAACUAAUUCAAAGCAAGAUCUUAACUUGUCUUGAAAUGUCUUGACAUGGGAGACUAGAAGGUUUUAUUACAGUAACAUAAUACUUCAUCAAGAUUUGGAUAAAGUAUUAUACCACAUCUGAUUCCAUUAUGUUCCUGAAAAAGAACAUCUUAAAAAGCCCCUAAUGUUCUGCUAUUAUUGUCUUUUUUCUUCUAUAUAAUUGCUGUAGGUUUAGUAGAUUAUUAUUACCAUAAGAAAUGGGGGACAGUAGUUUUAUACCAAUUAGGGGGUGUCUCGUCUCAAUACAUGGCUAAAACAUUGUAUUUCAGACUAUCAAUACUUGUGGCUAAAAGAAUGUACCAAGUUCGUUGUUAUGGGAUGCCAGAGUAUAUUAUUUUCAAUGUUUAAAUCAACAACAUGCUUCAACUCAUGUAAAAUGUAGGAAAAUAAUGGUGAAAUAAAAUGUCAUUUAUUAAGUUGUGGGAUUAUUGCACACAGAGCACUGUCCUAGUGGUGUGUGCUAAAUAAAACAAAUAUUUAAAGGUUGCAAUAUGAAUGUAAAGGAAUGCUGAUUGCCAACGUUAACCUAUAUAACAGUCUGAAUAAAAUAAAAUAAAUCACAACCAUGUCAGUGACGUGUGGUGAGGGCAUGGUAGGCAAGAGAAAUACUAAAAUCUGAUAGUCUACUCACUAGUCAGGUUGAAAUAUAGUUAUAUUACAUGUGUCAUUUCUAUUGGAAGUAUACACGUUUGAAAGCGAACUGUACUGUACAACGGCAAUACAAAGAAAUAUUUUACUACAUCGAUCUUAGCAUGUUUCCCUAACACGUAUCACCGGUUUCAUCUGCAUGACUCACGAAGUAAGCAAAACUGAGUGCGCGAGUAUCGACGAUUGCAUAAGCAAAUUUAAGCCUAUUUCCCACAGAUAUGUUAUGCAUCUUGUGGCCCUUUAACAACCGAUUAAGCAAAAUAACAACCGACAAUCCAAAAAAAAUCCAGUAAACAAACAGGCCAAUUAGCCUACAAAAUCAGUGAGUAAAUGAACCAACUGUUUUAGAAAAUAGCUAAAAAAAAUAUUUGUAAAUUUACUGUAUUUGAAGACGAAAUCCAUUCACCUAUCCUCAACGAAUUUGGAUCGCUGUUUACAGAUAUUUCAAGUCAGCGUAGCCAUCCCUUGACCACACGGUGUCAGCAGUCAAGAACCGGGAACAGCAGACAAGGAAAGCAGAACAACCUUCUAGCUUCAGCGCAACCACACAGCCACUCGGAUUUUAAAUACUAAUCAUUUUGGAAACUUAUUGUAAUCUUCUGCCUCAUACGCUGUUGUAAAUCCGUAAGAUAAAAUUUUGGUCUACCCUUUUUUCUCCAUCAAAAGACAAAGUGAAAAAUAGUUGCGAAAAUAAUAAAUGCGAUAAUAAAUGUGACACUUCCAUAGCUAGCUAGGUUAGUUAGCUUUGCUAGUGGUUUUAGCGGGACUGAAGAGCGGGUGGUCAAAACAUUUUAGUAGGAAGCGACAUAACUACCCCCAAAAGCACAGAAGCAUUGUGCUUUUCCAUAUCCAUCAAAAUAAUUUUUUAACUAAGGGGAAAAGCAGUGCUUUCGCUCCCACCUUUUUGAGGAAUAGAGCCGGCGAAAAUUAGAGGGAGCUGCGUGGUGGAGAGCAGUUUAGCCAAUGCACUACCUCCCGACAUACAGUAUGUCUUGUAAUUAAAUCAACAAAAUCGAAAUUACAUUUUCUGGAGUAAUUAAAAUGAAAUGUCUCUUUACAAAUCAAUAAUCACUGCAGAAAAAAUACUUAUUUGGAACACAAUAUCAUAUAUUUCAAUUUCUUCCAACAGUCCCCUGCCUACCCAGACAGCACACCACUGAACCAUGUGUAUUUUGUUCAUGUCUGGUUAGAAAAGCCCUAAGAAUGUUAAAUGACAUUACAAUGUAUUCAUUUCAUAUCUUUGUAAUUCUUCACUAUGGACUGGACCAUGGAUAAGUGAUUAGUCAUUUCUGCUUUUUUAGAGACCAUUCCUGGGAUUAUAAUGCCGUUUCGCUGUUCUGGAGUAGUAGAAAUCAGCAAUGCAAGUGCCAAACUGAAUUGAUAUAAUAUAUUCAAAGCUAUGUUGUAUCGCAAUAACUAUUAGCUAAAUGAGUAUCUUGUAUGGCAAAGCCAAAGUUGUUUUUGAACCAUGUGUUUUUGAGCAAAACUGUUCUACCUCAACAUAUUUUGACUCCCUAUUGGUGUGUUGUUGUCACAUUGUAAUUUCAUUGUUGGGUGUUAGAUGGGUUAGAUUAAUCUUAAAAGUCAAAAGUACAGAGAAUAUGUUCUCAAGGUUACAUGUAAACCACAGGAAAAGCAUACUGAAUUUACAAGUGAAAAUUGUCUAAUGUUUAUGCUUUAUUUUUCUGUUUGUGAUCAUAGGCCAUUUGAUGCAGUGUUGUUGUGGAUGUUGCCUAUGUCGUUUUGAUAGAAUUUACUAUUUCCCUGAGGAAUGUACAGUAUCAAUGUUUACUGCCAUGAACCAUUUAGACGCAUUUACCCUUAUGCUCAGGUAUCUCUAGCACCUCGGGGAGCCAGGGUGAUUUUGUUACUUAAUUUGUUAAAUGGUGUAUGCAAAAAUGAGUGACUUACACGGUUUCAUGAUAUGUGAAGACAAUUUCCUACCGAUUAAUAAA